GCCCCACAUCAUCCUUUGGGCUCAGAAUACAGUGUCUUCCGUGACGCCAAAGACUUCGGAGCGAAGGGAGAUGGACUGGCUGAUGAUACGGACGCCAUCAACAGAGCCAUCAGCCAUGGCGGUCGCUGUGGGGGAGGCGACCCGGGCAACGACAGCUCUACGAUUUCUCCGGCGCUGGUCUACUUUCCUUCGGGAAUCUAUCGAAUCACUCGCCCCAUUAUGAGCUACUAUUAUACUUCCUUGGUGGGUGAUGCGGUCGAUCGGCCUAUCCUCAAAGCGGACGAGGCAUUUCAGGGAUUGGCUGUCAUCGAUGAGAACCCCUACCUAGCCGGGGGCAGGAAUUGGUUCACUAAUCAGAACAACUUCUUCCGAUCAGUCGCUCAUCUGAUCAUCGACAUGACAGCGGUUAGCCCCGCUACAGAAUGUGCUGGCAUCCAUCAUCAGGUGGCACAAGCCACGGGUCUGAGGCAUGUGCAUUUUGAGCUUCGCCGCUGGUCGAAAGACAGCCCUGAUGCCGGACAAAGGGGAAUCUUCAUGGAGAAUGGCUCAGGCGGACACAUGUCCGACCUGAGCUUCCGCGGUGGCAAGCAAGGGAUGUGGGUAGGAAACCAGCAGUUCACCAUACAGCGCUGCCGUUUCGACGAGUGCGCAACUGCCAUUUCUCAGCAUUGGUGCUGGAACUUCCUGUACAGCCGGAUACAGAUCAAUGAUUGCAAAGUCGGCCUUGAGAUGAGGGUAGAAGCUGUGGACGGAAAAGGAGAAAGCGCGCAAGGUGCAGCAAGUAUAGUCUGUACUGAUUGGAAGGUCAGCAACACAAGGAUCGCAUUCGACAUCGUCGGCCAAGGCACACCGUCAAGGGGUAGUCUUGCGCUCAGCAAUGUCGAGACAGAAAGAUGCCAAACCAUUGUGGCACGCUCAAUAAGACAGUGGGAGCCAAUGCAAUCUGGAAGCGGGGUCGUUGCGUUGUUGCUGCCCGGCAUCAACGAAAAGAUCACGGUGACAGACUGGACAUGGCAGGGUGACUCGGCACCCACGAAACCUUCGGCACCCCGUACCGGAUCGUUGUUGCUGCCUCGACCGUGCGACAUGACUGACCGAGUAGGUCAGUGGCUGCAUCAGUCCCGACCAGAAUACCUCGAUCUCGAAGCCAUGCAUUUCAUCAGCCUCAAAGACGAAGGAGCAAAGGGUGACGGAGCAGCAGACGAUACCGCUGCAUUUCAAGCUGCUGUCCGCAGGUCAGCACAAGAAGGGAAAGUCCUAUACGUGCCUCAUGGCCAGUAUCUUCUGACCUCCACAGUGGUCAUACCACCUGGCUGUCGUAUUGUGGGAGAGGUCUGGCCAGUCUUCCUCGGCACAGGGCGCAACUUCAGCGAUGGGAAUCACCCACGCGCAGUCGUUCAGGUAGGUGAGAGCGAUGGCCAGGAAGGCCACGUGGAGAUAUCUGAGUGCAUAUUCUCGACCAAGGGCCCUUCUGCGGGUGCAAUUGUUCUGCAAUGGCAGCUGCGAGGAAGACCAAGAGACGACGACGACGCCGUCCUACCAGGCAUGUGGGACACGCACAUUCGCCUGGGAGGUUUCCGAGGCUCGGACUUGGACGACGAGCGUUUCGAUAGCGAGCGCCCUCUGGAUCUCUCGAACGGCUGGGCAUGCUUCCUCGCCUUUCAUCUUACCCGUCGCUCCAGCGGAUGCUUUGUCAACAAUUGGGUGUGGCUAGCGGACCACAUCCUCGAUACCUCAUGGCCUGAUCGACACGCGGGCAAGCAAAUUUCCCUCCUUGCUUCGAGGGGAAUACUGAUCGAGAGCAACCCUGGACCAGUCAUGCUGUGGGGAGGAGCUUCAGAGCAUUUCCUGCUGUAUCAAUACCAGCUCAAUAGGGCAAAGAACGUACUCAUCGCCCAUAGUCAGACGGAGAGUCCCUACUUCCUCGGAGAACAUUGUGCGCUCCCUCAGACGAUUGCACGGCCAAAAGUAGACUGGUGCGACCCUACGUGGGAGGAGAGCGAUCCUGGCCUCGGGGACUCCUUCAAGAGUCGAUCAUGGGGCAUACGCAUCAUGGACUCUACUUCUAUACAUCUCUUUGCUGCUGGCCUAUACAGCUUCUUCGACGCCUACAGUCAGGAUAGGCUGUCAGCUCGAAGGUGCCAAGAGGCUCUGCUAAGCAUCGAGGGAUGUGCUCUUCAACCCAAUUCCGACGAAGGUAUCAACAUCGUGGGCCUAAAUACUGUCGGCACGGAGAGCAUGGUCGUGGUCGAUGGUAAAAAGGUCGUCGAUGAGAUUAUGUUCAGGAAUGGCUUCAGCAGUACACUCGGCUACUACUUUGCGUCGUGA